AUGAAAAAGGAGGAAUACAUCAAAGAAAUGGAAAAACUGUUGGAAGAUAGAAACACAUACAGUAUAUUAAGCAAGGAUCCUACUAACAAAUUUGAAAAAUUAACGAAUAAUUUAACAAUCAAAUUACAAAAUGAAUCCAUCAUCUCAGAAGAAAUGGGAAAAAACCUGCGAUCUUAUAAUUCAGUCGCGCCAAAACUGUAUGGAUUAAGGAAAACUCACAAAAAAGAACGUGCUUUAAGACCGGUUGUGAGUUCCAUAGGGUCACCGUGCUAUAAAUUAGCAAAAUUUGUACAUCAGACGUUAACAAAAUCUAUCUCAAACAAACUUGUUUUCUCCAUCAAGAAUUCGUUUGAGUUUGCGGAGAUUAUAAGAGAAAUAAAAUUACCAGAAGGAUACAUACUUGUAUCAUUGGAUGUAAUCUCCCUUUUUACAAACAUUCCCAAAGAACUGGUAUUAAAAACAAUCAAUGAAGAUUGGAAAGAACUUGCAAAAUCCAUAAAAGUCCCGAAGAAUAUCUUGGUGGAACUAAUACAAUUUUGUUUUGAAUUGAGCUACUUCCAGUUCAACGGGUCUUUCUACCAACAAAUGGAUGGCUCUAGCAUGGGUAAUCCAGCGAGCCCAGUGCUAGCCAAUCUAGUGAUAAAUUAUAUCUUAAGAAAGAUUGAAGGCAGGUUACCCUUUCCAGUUCCUUUCCUGAAGGUUUAUGUUGAUGGCGUUGUCACAGCAAUACCUAAAGAUGAAAUGGACCAAACACUAAAGACCUUCAAUAAUGUCAAUAAUAAGAUCCAAUUCACAAGGGAGGUAGAGAAUAAUAGAACCUUACCCUUCCUAGAUAUGAAUAUUAUAAGAAACGAAGACGGUUCUAUUGUAACGAACUGGUAUGUUAAACCUACAAGCUCUGGUAGAUGUAUAAGUUAUAAUUCGAAUCAUCCAAUGAGCCAAAAAAUUGGGGUCAUUAAAGGUUUAUUAUUUAGAGCACUGACAUUAAAUAGUAAGAAAUUCCAUAUGGAAAAUAAGAAAAGAAUAUGA